AUGUGGCAGAGAUGUGGCAGAGAUGUGGCAGAGAUGUGGUGGCGAUGUGGCAGAGAUGUGGUGGAGAUGGGAGAGCACUCGCUGCAACCUACUGAGGAUGUGGCGCCAUUGGAAUCGAUUUUAGGAUUCCUGAAAAAAAAUUGUGAAUUUCUCGUGUUCGCGGUUCAGAAGCACACGGUUCAGAAGCACAUGGUCCAGAAGCACACGGUUCAGAAGCCCACGGUUCAGAAGCACACGGUUCAGAAGCACACGGUUCAGAAGCCCACGGUUCAGAAGCACACGGGUCAGAAGCACACGGUUCAGAAGCCCACGGUUCAGAAGCACACGGUUCAGAAGCCCACGGUUCAGAAGCCCACGGUUCAGAAGCCCACGGUUCAGAAGCCCACGGUUCAGAAGCCCACGGUUCAGAAGCCCACGGUUCAGAAGCCCACGGUUCAGAAGCACACGGUUCAGAAGCCCACGGUUCAGAAGCCCACGGUUCAGAAGCCCACGGUUCAGAAGCCCACGGUUCAGAAGCACACGGAUCAGAAGCACACGGUUCAGAAGCACACGGUUCAGAAGCACACGGUUCAGAAGCACACGGUUCAGAAGCACACGGUUCAGAAGCACACGGUUCAGAAGCACACGGUUCAGAAGCACACGGUUCAGAAGCACACGGUUCAGAAGCACACGGUUCAGAAGCACACGGUUCAGAAGCACACGGUUCAGAAGCACACGGUUCAGAAGCACACGGUUCAGAAGCACACGGUUCAGAAGCACAUGAUGACUGUGAGAUUAUCCAACAUAAAUCUAAAUAUUUGA